AGUGAAUCCUAAACGUUACCACCGAAUUUCGCCAUCACAUAUAGCAUUUGAAAUGCUUUGCUGGGCUGUUGAGGAUAAAAAUCUAUUAUCGCGCUUCCCCAGUAUAUAUGCAAAAACGGAAUCCGUUAAAGAGUUAAUGUUGAAAUCGAGUAUACCCAUUGUGAGUGCAGUUUUUGUGCAAUAAAAGUUAUAAGCAAUAAUAAAAGCAAAAACCAAAACAUUUUAAUCACAAACGCAAAACGCAACAUUAAAAUCAUGAAGUAUCAUGCCACAUCAUAUCUCGAGAAUCGCAUCUUUGAUCAUCGGCUGGUCAAAGACAACCUGCUGGACAAGUGGCCCACCGAGAACAGCACCGUGCACGAGUACAUUGAGCGCAAGGACCACAGGAAUCUGGCAGAGUCAUAUGUAUCGCAUACCAUUUGUAUCAUAUUCAUAUCAUACAUACUUAUAUAUAUAUAAAUAGUUAGAAACCACCUAUCACCUCCGCAUUAUAUAAUACAAAUAUGUUUUCGUUGCUCACCUCAUACACUGUAGCUCCAGUUUAUUCGAAGUGAAAAUAAUUUUUGUAGUUUUCAAUUUUUGACGAAUUUCAUAGUUUAAUUUUGUUGUUUGAAAAAUCCUCAGUUUUUUAUUAUCCUUUGUAAAAAAAUAGUUUUUACUUUUGUUAGUUGAAAAAAAUUGUAAAAAAAAAUUAGCUAAUUAAUUAAAAAUGAGCACGAAAUUUGAACAAACUGUGAUGUAUUCACAAUUGCAGCCAUGGAGUACGGCUGGUGCACCGCCUUGCAUGGAGCCUAUCUCGGGCCCAUCAGUACCACCGCGUGUUGGCAUAGCUUAUCAGACCAAUCAUCCGCAUCCAUGGCGACCGACACUGGCGUACGAAAUGAUUGAGGUCAAGAACUUAGCUGAGCAACCAGUAACCAAUCAGUUAGUUAAGCCGUGCUUCUCACCCUCUGGCAUGACUACAGAGCCCAUGAACUUUCCCAACUUGGUGACGGGUUUCGAACGCAAUCCACAGCACGCUGCCCGUGCGGCGCUCUUCACACGCUACACCAGCAACGAAUGGGUUAAUAGCAAUCUUACCAAGUAUGCCGAAUCCAAUAUAAAUCGUAAUCAGGCGGAGCGCUUGCGUAACGAUGCCGUGCGUUUAAUGCGCGAAACUGACGAGAAGACUUCGCAAGGGCAGCGUGAUGCCGGACGGCGUUUGGGUGAACGCAUAACGGACGUAACAUUCUGGCGCAACGAGUUGAAUACCGAGUUGGAUAAAUUGGUUUCGGAAUCUGCAGCGAUUUCCGACUUAAAGCGCCGUUGCGGCAAAGCCAUGCUGGACUUAGAGGCGCCUUUGCAUAUCGCUCAGGAGUGCUUGUAUCAUCGUGAGGCGCGUGCGGGUGUGGAGAAGGUACAUGACACGGCUGAGAAGGCGCUGUUGCUAGAGAUCGACAAUAUACGAAAUUCGCGCGAUAAACUCAAGGAACUUCAUGAAAAGAUUACAAGACAAGCUAAUGACUGCCGCGCAGCUCAGCACUUGCUGGAGGAAGAUGUCUCGCACAAAGAGUCAACUCUGGGUAUUGACUCCGUUUGUCACCAAUUGAAUAAUUAUAGCCGCGGUAUCACCUACUAUGGUGGCAUUGAAAAAUACGAUCCGAGCAUAAGCACACAAGAAUCAUGGGCUGAGGCGAGCAGUCAACGCGUUAGCAGGUCUCAAGCCGAGCGCGCCAAGCUCUCUCAACUACGCAGCGAUGCCGAAACUAUUGUAAAUGCCAUCGCUCAAUCCGUAUGGGAUCAUUGGAGUAACACGAAUAAUGCUUUGGAUCGUCGCGCACAAGAGAUGAACGAGUCCAAGAAUAAGAUACAGUUACAUUUGCAUAAGGUGCAACAGGAAUUAUUCGAUUUGGAAAAACAUAUUUUCUUGAUACAAAAGGCAAUACAAGAUAAAUCGAACCCCUUGAAGGUUGCACAAACGCGUCUGGAAGCGCGUUCACAUCGUGAAGGCGUGGAGCUAUGCAAGGACUGGGCUCAGUUGCGGCUAGUACAAGAAGUACAAGAUAUACAGGAUACCGUUAAACAGCUACACCACAAGUUGCAGGAAGCUGAGGCUCAGCACCAGAAUUUACUAAAAACCCGUUCAACACUCGAGGCGGAUUUGCGACGCAAAGUGAAUGCCUUGUUUAUAGAUCGUGAAAAGUGUAUGGGGCUUAGACGAUCUUUCCCCGUAAAUAAUUUGAUCAAAUACUAAAUUGUAAAUGUUGAAAAAAUUGUUAGUUUUUAAAUGCAAGUGAAUAAGUGGAAUAUUCGAUUUAUUAAAGAGCGUACAUAAAAGCAAGUGCUGGUCCAUUUAUGUCAAUAAAAAUUAAUAGAAAUUACUUGUGAAAGAAA